GCGUGUGACGUCACGGGCGCGCCAGUCUAAACAUUUCCCAGUUCUGCUUCCUGCGUGUUGGUGAGUGAUUUUCGAAGUGGAUUUGGAGUUCGUUUAGUGGAGACCAGAGAGAGAAAAUCCAAAUUCAGAGGUCAGUACCAUCUAUGUAUUAUUUUUUGGAAAAUUGACAAAGGACUGUGUGAAAGUUUUCUAUGAAGGGGUAGGAUCUCUCUAACUUUGCCCAGGCUGCCUUCAAGUUCUUGAUCAUCCUGCUCUGCCUGCUGCAUAGCCAAGAUUACAGUGGCCAUAUUUAUUGUUUUAUCGGAUCUUCAACAAAUGAGAUGCUAAACAUUGCAUAUGCUUGAAAGCAUUUAAAGACUUCAAGUCAACUGUUUACAAAAUGUCCAGGUUGCCAUCCACUAAAAAUUUUGAAUAUCAACUCUAAUUUCCUACUUGCUUUGGACUAACAGAAGCUUAUUCUCUUACAUUCUGUUCUGAGAAGUGAAUAUUGGUGUACUUCAAACUUAAGUUUCUGUUCUUUUAAGGCUUAUGUUAAGUCUGUAAGAGAUUGUUCCACAGAAUCCAUGUCUUUGGUUCCAGCAACAAACUAUAUAUAUACACCCCUGAAUCAACUUAAGGGUGGUACAGUUGUCAAUGUGUAUGGUGUUGUGAAAUUCUUUAAACCCCCAUAUCUAAGCAAAGGAACUGAUUAUUGCUCAGUUGUGACAAUUGUAGACCAGACAAAUGCAAAGCUAACUUGCCUGCUGUUUAGUGGAAACUAUGAAGCCCUUCCUAUAAUUUAUAAAAUUGGAGACAUUAUUCGCUUUCACAGGCUGAAGAUACAAGUGUAUAAAAAUGAGCCUCAGGGUAUCAGCAGCCCUGGGUUUGCAUCUUUGACAUUUGAGGGAACUUUGGGAGCUCCUGUUAUUCCUCGUACUUCAAGCAAGUGUUUUAACUUCACUGCUGAGGACCACAAAAUGGUAGAAGCCUUACGGGUUUGGGCAUCUACACAUAUUUCACCUUCAUCAACAUUAGUACAGUUGUGUGAUGUUCAGCCAAUGCAGUAUUUUGACCUGACUUGUCAGCUAUUGGGCAAAGCAGAGGUUGAUGGAACAUCAUUUCUUCUAAAGGUGUGGGAUGGCACCAGGACACCGUUUCCAUCUUGGAGAGUCUUAAUACAAGACCUUGUUCUUGAAGGUGAUUCAAGUCACAUUCACCGACUACAGAAUCUGACAGUAGACAUUUUAAUCUAUGAUAACCAUAUUCAAGUGGCAAGAUCCCUGAAGGUUGGAAGCUUUCUCAGAAUCUAUAGCCUCCAUACCAAACUUCAGUCAGUGAAUUCAGAAACUCAUGCUUCAUUAAGUUUAGAGUUUCAUCUCCAUGGAGGUACCAGCUAUGGUCGAGGAAUAAGGGUUUUGCCAGAAAAUAACUCUGAUGUGGAUCAACUGAAAAAAGCUUUAGAAUCUGCAGAUUUGACAACCAGUCCUCGUUCAGAUGUUGUAUAUCAACCAGAACGUGAGGACAGCUUGCUAACCCUUUCAAGCUCUGGAUCAGUAUCACUAUAUGAGGUAGAAAGAUGUCAACAACUGUCUGCUACAAUACUUACAGAUCAUCAGUAUUUGGAAAAAACACCUUUAUGUGCCAUUUUAAAACAAAAAGCUCCUCAACAAUAUCGAAUCCGAGCAAAAUUAAGGUCAUACAAACCAAAAAGACUUUUUCAGUCUGUUAAGCUUCAUUGUCCUAAGUGUCAUUCACUGCAAGAAGUUCAACAUGAAGACAACUUAGAUACGAUUUUGCAAGAUGCUUCAACUAAAGCCCCAGACACCAAACUACACAACACAUCAUUAUAUGAUUCAAAACUCUGGACCACUGAAGAUCAAGGAGGACGAAAAGUAGUUAUUCAUUUUGUAAAAAAUGAUGGUAUUCUUCCUCUUUCAAAUGAAUGUCUGAUUUUGAUAGAAGGUGGAACACUCAGUGAACUCUCUAAACUGUCAAGCAAGUUUCAUAGUGUAAUUCCUGUGAGAUCUGGCCAAGAAGACCUGGAGAUCCUAGACCUUUCAGCACCAUUCCUUAUACAAGGAAAAGUAUAUCAUUAUGGAUGUAAGCAAUGUUCUAGUUUACGACCAAUACCAAAUUUGAACUCCGUUGUCGAUAAAACAUCAUGGAUUCCUUCUUCUGUGGCAGAAGCACUGGGUAUUGUGCCCCUGCAGUAUGUGUUUGUUAUGACAUUUACUCUUGAUGAUGGAACGGGUGUGUUAGAAGCUUACCUCAUGGAUUCUAGCAAAUUUUUCCAGAUUCCAGCAUCAGAAAUCCUAAUGGAUGAUGACCUUCAGAGAAGUAUGGAUAUGAUCAUGAAUAUGUUUUGUCCUCCGGGAGUAAAAAUUGCUGCCAUGAUCAUGCCUCCUCUGCCAUGUGAUCCUGACACAGGUCCAGAACAACAAGGCUAAGGGACCAUGGCUUGAAACCGAGAAUCUGAGCCCAAAUAAACUUUUCCUACUUAGAAACGGACUGUCCCAGGUAUCUAGUCACAGUAACAGAAAGCUUACUAACAAAGGUAUGGCAAUGCAGCAGACAU